AUGGAGGAAAUGAGUGGAAAGAAAAGUUUAGUGGAAAUAGGGUGUUGGGUAUAUGUUGGUGGCCACGUCUUUAGCAGAGCAAAGACAAAACAAGUUUCUUCUUCCCUACCACUGAGUCCACUCCUUAUUCUUCUUCCGUUCCUUGUUUGCUUCUCAGCUGCAACAGAAGCAUCUUUUAGGCCUGGGUUUCUCUACACCAGAAACAGAGGAAGGUGUACCCCCCAGUUUUGGAGCAGCAGGAGAGAAGCAUGGCCUAUGAUGGUGCCAGAGGGAUCGACGGUGUCGAAGGUGUUUGGGUCGAGAGCGUUCGAGCGGUAUAGAUACGAUCUCACUCUGUUGGAGGCCACGACGAGAAACGACGACGUUGAGAACGUGUUCGCGAGUCUUGUGAAGGAAUCGAGUGCUGCUCUGCUCAACUCGUAUGCCAGAAAGGGCUUUCCUUACUCGGCAUGGGAGGUCAAGACUCUGCUCAUUCAAGCUUUGGUCUCUGAAAAAGCUGCUGCUAUUCAAUCCCAGCGUUUCUCUUUGGCCAAUCAGGCUUGUGAUUAGCCAUGAAAAUGUUGUACUUGGCCUUUUUUUUGUGUGUUUGCUGGCCUAGAAAAUGACAUAUCACAACUUUGUUAUAGGGGUUUUCUAGUGUUGGUGAUUUUGGUAUGUUGGUUUGGUAA